AUGGCCGAUUUUUUCACGGAUGUUGCGGUUCUCUCGCUGUUACUAUGUAAGCAGACACUUCUUGCCAAUAAGUUUAUUAGUUGAUAGGCCUUUGUAUCAAAAAAUCUAUACGCAGUACAUUAGCUAAUACAUUCACAAUGCCUAUUUAAGCCUGCAGUACUUUUCCAUUUUCUUUUCUGUAUUCUCAAACCUAGGGUCCGGCCUUUUUAAAAAAACAAUGAAGUUAUUACUUCCUGGGAAGAUUAGUGGGAGGGAGUAGGCGGCUAAAACACAAACGAAGACAAACUGCACUUUUAUUGGCCAGUUUUUAGGCUGUGAUCUGUCGUCAGUUUCGGAUUUGUGGGGCUGACCUGGUUAUUGGAUGCAAUGACCUUCACACUUGAUCACGAGACGUGCGCGGCCCAGCCGGAUGGGUUGUAACUCCCACCUCUCGAACCUGGAGACCUUUGUUGUCCGCAUGUUAGCGCGAACAGACAAACGCGGAGCACUUUUAACUCGAGAUUCUUAGAAACGGGAAUUACAAAUCGAACGCGGUCCAAAGAAGAAUUCCCCAUGAAAAAGUACUUUACAGGGAGGAUAGAGAUGUGGUCACUAAGAUCAAUCCGAACAUCUCUUGUUGUGUUAUGUAAUCUUACGACAGUACGCAUAUAUUCAACGGAUCCUUUCUACCUGAAUUAUUGACCUAAAUAUCGACUUUUAGAAGGUGCAAUCCUGAAGAGUCACUUGAACAAAACUCAAAAAGGCACAAUCGAGACACUAAAGUUGCACCCUUCCUCAAAGGUAGAUGAUGGAGGGAGGAGGUGGAAGAGAGGGGGAGGGGGAAGAGAGGUAUGGAAAGUGCCAAAGUGGCAGAGGUGGGUUAAUGUCAAGACGAAUAGUUAAUUAAAGGCAACCACAUGCUUGAAACUUUCGACCUACAUAUCUGCAUUUACAGUUUUAGCACUACCCUCCGUCGUCAGACCAGAAAACUUCGAGGUGAAAAGGAAUUCGCACUUUGAUAUAAUCGUCGUUGGGCAGUCGCAUUCAUUGGCGAGUCCUUGUUAAAUUCCGUACUUUACCCUAAAUUCACAUACUAAUUAUCUCAAACUCUCAAUGUUAGCCUCAGAAACACAUGUCAUUUUAUGUUUGUGCAGUACAAUACAUCCCUUACUUACGGAUAAUUUCCCCUUUCAAGGUUGUCGAUUCUGACCCGAAAAUACGAGUCGGGCAUUCGUCUCGUCCGUGCGGCAGGGAGAAUUUUUGUUUUCAACAGUACUGCGGUAAGACUUUUCAUUCAUCUUCUACCAAUCCCUGGCCAUCUUGCACUGAUGAAAACCAUCGCAUUUUGAAGGUGCAGUCUCAUCUGUCCUGUCGUGCACGCUUUUAUAAAAUUCAGCGAAUUUCUCAAACGACUUGUUUCGUAAUUAGUUCAACUAACCUGGUGGUGGAGCAUGUGACCAACUGAGUUUUAUUUACUUGUGAAGACAUUUUUGUCAAAAUAUCAACCCUACGAGUCUGUGAUGAGUCUGUAGUGACGCGAAAAAGCGUUUUCUUUUAGUGCGCCAAUGAUACGAUCUGUAACAAAACCUUUGACGCGACUCUCAAUAUCAAGUUAUCGUCACGUUGCACCCCUGCGGCUACCUCUGUUCUCUCUACUUCUACUCGCGAUAGACCGGUUUAUUACCUACGUUGGUGACCCCGACGUGACAUGAACACGCAACCUUCCGGCGUGGAGUCAGAAGCGCAACCGUUGCGCAACAGAGUCAUGUCCGUGUCCCUGAGGUAGAUCAUCCCGCUUCCCGGUACUGCCGUCUGCAACCUUCCAGCUUGCUUUAAUGAGCGAACGCAUGCUGAACUUUUGCGCGUACCUAUGCCAGUUUACUGGCCCAAGAAUAUAAGCUUGACUGAAAGCACUAACUGGAACUACUCCCAAGUGUUGGCAUAGCUUGCAGUUUCAGUCAUUCGAACGGGCCCUCAGUGGUGUCCAGUAAGGGGGUACACCGUGUGGGCUGUAGCAGGUCGCAUCAUUUGCCUCAGGCAGGUGGUGGCUGCCCUCCGCGGUCCCUAAAUGGCACCCAAUCCUCAUCUCUGGCCCCGAAUAUAGGGUCUGUCUGGGAGCCAAAGCCCUGUAACCGUCCCGACCUGUGAACUAAACCGGAUGAAAGUAUACGGUAUGUGUGUGUCUGCCCACAAGCGAUAACUAUCCUACUCUUCACAAUCCUCCUUCCCCUCCUCCUCCUCCUCUUCCUCCUCCUCCUCCUCCUCCUCCUCCUGCCUUCGGCUUUAAAAGUCCUGCGGUGAGAGCUACUGCAACUGCUUUUCCUCUUGCGAGGAAGGGGGUACGAAAGGUAGUCACGGAGCAACUAGCGUUGGUCGUUUGUGAACUGGCGUCAAGGUGGACAUCGCCGCUCUCAGCGAGACCAGAUUAUCCAAUCAGGAUCAGCUGGAUGAGGUGGAAACCGGCUACACCUUCCUCAGAAGUUGUCCUUCGAAAUCAAGAGGACGCGAUGCUGGCGUCGCCCUCGAUAUGUGGAACGACAUCGUGGGACAAGUACUUCAGAAACGUCCUUAAUCGACCACGCACAAUCUCCGACGCCUCCAUCAACUGACUCCUCCACAGGUUGAAACGAACGAUAACCUCAACCUUCCGCUUUCCUUCACAAAAAUAAUCAAGGAUUUGCACCAGAUGUCAGGUGGGAAGGCCCGGGAUCCAAUGAAAUCCCGACCGAAGUCUACAAGCACGACAACCCUCGACUGCUGGACGACCUGACUCCAAUUUUCCAAGAAAUUUGGCGACGAGGAUAAGUCUCUCAAGACGUCACCGUCUUCCAUGUAUACAUCCGCAAGGGAAGCCGACAGCUCUGUGACAAUCAGGGAGGCCCCUCGUUAUCCAACAUCGCAGAGGAAGUCUUUGCUUUAUUCAGUCCCACGUUCUCUGCUAUGCUGAUGGACGCCUAUCGUGAGGAGCUGUCGGGUACAGACAUCAACUACCUAACCAACAAAAAACUGAUCAUUGCACAUCGUCUGAAAAAAUCCUCGACGGUAAUCAAGGCGAACCUCCACGACCUCUUGUUUGCGGAUGACUGCUCGUUGAAGGGAGGAGGACGUGUAGCGGCUGCUGUAGCUCCGGAUCUCAAUGAACCCUAUACCAACUUCACUGGAACCGAGCUUACAUCAGCGAACAAAUCCGCAUAUCUUGAGGGUACAAUCUCAAGAAAGGUCAAGAUCGACGAGGAAGUGGCUCGCUGGAUCUCCAAAGCCAAUUAGGCCUUAGGCUGGCCACAGCCCUCAGUCUGAAACCGCCACGGAUUCCAACUGGGCAUAAAACUGAAGAUGUGUAGGGCAGUUGUCGUGACGACGCUGCUCUACGGAGCGGAGCCAUGGAAAGUCUAUAUCAAAUAAGCCAGGCAACUUAAUCACUUCCACCUCAGGUGCCUCCCAAGGAUACUGAAGCUGAGGUGACAAGACAGAGUCUCCAACACGGGAUUCCUGAAAUUAGCCAAAAUCCUCGGCAUCCACGGUCAUGUUGGGGCAAAUUCAACUGCGAUGGAGGGGUCACGCCGUGCGAAUUAACGACGAGCACCCCGUCGAAUGGCUAUUAUGCGGCGAUGUCGCAAGGAGUGAUCGUCAACAUGGAGGACAGAGACGACAUUACCAAAGCACUGAAAAGUCCCCUUAAGAAUCCAAGUACAGUAGGUGAGCUAACUCCUGAAAUGUCAACCGAAAUUCCGAAAUGCGUUUUCGUUUGGAAAAGAUUGAUUAAGUAGGGUUGUAAAACUAGUUAGCCUGCGACAUAAUUCUAUAAUACUUCAGUUAUCUCGGGAUAAUAGCUUUUGAACAAAAUUCGUUUCGGUCGUAUGCAAAAACCACACUCUGUAAAAAUGACUACUUAAGUAGCAUGCAUUUUUAUCCCUUAUUUUCGAUGCUCCUAAAAGUCCAAUUAUAUGUCAUGAAAAAACAUGCAUAAAAAUAUUCACUCAUUUGUUCAUUCGGUAGAUUAUUACGUCUUCUUUCAAUUUUAUACUCGAAGUAAGGGUGUAAUUUGGUUUUCAAAGACUUUUCCAAUUACCAAAUAAUUUUGAACCCGCUCUACCGCUACACUUGGAUUAAGGAUUUCCAAACUACAAGCCGUAUAUUUUCCGCGUACGGAAAAGCCCACAUUGCUCUAUAGUAAUAAAGUCGGACCAUGUAGGGUUCAUAAAAUUAAGCAGUGAAUUUGAUCCAUAUUCUUAACCUUACAAGCCACAUUGGUAAAUGCAGAGACAUGACGAUUUAUAAACGGCCAUUUCAAGGUGUUUAAAAGUCCCACGAUUAGGAACUCUUUUAAAACCGAAUUAUGUCCAUCCUUCGAGUAUAAAAUUAGAAGAAGACGUAAUUGUCUACCGAAUAAGCAAAAGACUGAGUAUUUUAUGCAUGUUUUCCAUGACAUACAAUUGGACGUUAGGGAGCGUCGAAAAUUAAUGAGAGAAAUUAAUGCUGCUAAAGUAAUCAUUUUUUGCAGAGUGUAGUUUUUGCAUGCAGCCGGAAAGAAGUUCAUUCGAAAGUCGGCAUCCUGAGAUAACUGAAUUAUUAUAGAAUUAUGUUUCAGGCUGACUAGUUUUACAAUCCUACUUAACUAAUCGUCAACAUGGAGGACAGAGACGACAUUACAAAAGCACUGAAAAAUUCCCUUAAGAAACCCAAGUAUCAACUCGGAGACCUGGGAUAAUCUCACCUAGGGUCGACCAGCCUGAAGAUGAGCCGCAAAGGCUGGAGCAGCAGUCUAAGAGGCUGGGAGGCUCGUCGCAGCCAAAGCCAUGAGAAAGGCUCGCAAGUCUUCAGAGCCUCCAAACCACAACGCCAACACCCAAAACCUCUCAUCUUCUCCCUGCUGAUUACGGAUAUUCCGUGCACGGACAACUCUUGUCAGACACAGUGGGAUCAAAUGUAGUAACGAAACGAAAACUCCACCUACAGCCCCCGCAAACGCCCUCCAUAGUCACACCUGCCGCAGACCCUACGGCAUUCAUGACGACAACGAUCAUGGCCGCCGACGAGCACACUCCCCCCAGCACCACCCAUCAUCUCCAUCAUCUCUGUCACAACCUCCCCCCAGCGGUGUGAACCCUCCCGAUGCCCAUCAACCGCCACCACCACCAGCAGAGCCCCCACUGUCAGUAAUGCUGACUCAAUCUCAACCUAUCCUUAUUGCGAUCGCAUCAUUAAAUCACGCAUAGGCCUGACUGGUCGCUUGCGGGCCCACCAUAUUGGGACCGGCCUACCAAAGCCCGGUGUCCCGACAUAGGCCCACCGCACUCGCCUCAGCUCCACGCACAUUUAGCCUCCACUUUUAUCUACUCAUCCAUACGCACCUCCAUGCCAACCUGCCCUAAACCACCUCAGGCCGAACACCAUCACCACAAACUUCCUCACCAAUAUACACCACACACGAACCCCUCCCACAUCAACCACUACAGACACGUAAGGGGCACCUCUCAGCAAGGUGGGAGGGGUGUUCUUUAGUUCACUCUCCAUGUAGCCACCAUGGCAAUCAGACAUGUGAGGUUCAAGCCGUCCACUCCUUUUUAUGGAAACCCGGUAUGUUAUGUCAGGGACCAGUUCGUGUUUAACACGCGCAGACGAGCUCUCCGGCUUUGACGGCUACUUUUGUUCAAUCCGCGUAUCGGAUGACUGACCGGCUCGGACAGCCGACUGGUGCCUUGGAUUGGAAAGAGAGAGAGAGAGUGGACUGGAUUCUGGGGACUGCGUCAUCACUUCACUCAGCGCAAAUUCUUCACCGUAAAAAAAACUAAUGCGUCCUCAAUGCUCCUCGGUGUGCUAAAAGCCGUGGCUUGGAGGGCUGCCAAUUGACAGAAUAACUCUGUCCUCCUCCUUCUCCCCCGAACCGUGAGUUAGGCUGCAACGGCUCCUUAUUGAUGGGACCUCUAUGGUACUCCCACUAAGUCGGAAUCCGAGUCGCUCCUUUGUUGUUUCUAUUGAACCAUAAACCAUCACGCGCAUGGCACGCGCAGACGGGAUCUGUAGCUUUGCCAGCCACUGACCCCCGAUCGCGCUUUCGGUCUCUGGACUCAGUCUUGACACCGAGUCCAGGUGAAUGAGGAAGGAGAGAGUGUGGUAGAUGCACCUCGUGUCUAUUAUCAUUAAGAAGUAACUCAUGUGCAAGUCACCAUUUCAGCAUCCACUACGUUCGCGACCGCCGAACGGUUAUGGAUCCGAGUCUCCGGGAGGUAAGAAUUCAUGUGGGCAGCGUCUGUUGAGAAAUGGAAGUGAAGUGACGGCACUUCCCCCUCCGCCCGAUCUCACGUCGAGGGCAUCACUUUUAAGCCGUUGCGAGUACGCCCACCAUUUCUGUAAAUUUUUCCAGUGUUCGCUUUUCCAGGACUCGCUGGUCACCACUGCAACCCUGCGUGGAGACUCAUUAUUACUCGCAGUUCUCCUACCCACGUGUGUCAGUUAGUAAGACCUUAGCCAGUUAGAUCAUGUGUCCGUCCCAAUGUCAGGACGGGAUAAGAGACGUCCGAUUGACCAGGAUCGGUAAUUUCAUAUGUUAGAUCUCCCUCUUCUCUAAGUGUUACAAUAUCUUUUGCUGCGUCCGACUCUGACCGUUCUGGAGGCAGACUGAUUGUUUUGGUUAUCAGACACUAUGUAAAUUUGGUCACCUGGAUGGUAAGUUUCAUUCUAACAGAGUGUUCGAAAAAGCUACCAGAAUUUUCGACGAGGUUCGGUUUUGCAGCCCCACUUGAUUGAUACCUUAUGGUUAGCUUACUAGAAUAAUAUUGAUUAGCAUACCUGACUUUGCCAUUUGCUGGAUUAAGAAGGGAAAGAGAGAGCAAGCAGAGGUCGAAUCACGAGAAGGGAAGCGAGUGAAGGCGGCGUGUACACACCCUCCUCCCGACAAGACCACUUGCUUGAUUAAGAGGUUAAGGAGGACGCAGUCACAACUGGAAUUCCACUGAAGCAACCGCAUAAUGGUUCGCACUGUAUGGCCACUGUAGUGGAACCAACGGAGUUCUACACCGUCCGAACAAUUCGAUUAGCAGGUCUACUUAGCCGCUCGCUGGAUUGAGACAAUAAAGUGAACGCAGGCCGGCGAUGCCCGUGUGAACUGAUACCUGAAGUAACCGAGGCUGGCGUAUAAGCACUUUUCCCCCGUGGCACAGUCAGUCUCUGGAUUAAAAUGGUAGGGGAGAUGCAAGUAGAUGACAUUUGUAGUCAGCGUAUUCGUAUCUGCUACAUUUCUUUUAGAAAACUAACCAUGUAGUAUCGCUCUGGUGGGGCUACAGAACCAAGCCUAGCCAAUUUUCGUCUUCCGGGCAGGCCACAAGCUGGUUAUAAGACCAUUCGCACUGCUUCUAAUACUACUGCUACUACUACUACUACUACUACUACUACUACUACUACUACUACCACUAAUGAUACUUGAUACUGUCGAAGAUGGUGAGUUGAACACAGCGCUUUUUACCUCAUUAGUUAAGCAUUCUUGGAAGCGAACAUUCACACAACCUUCCCCAUCUUACAGGAAACACUUGGCUGGAAUUCUUCAACGGUCCUCCAAACAGCUUUACCACCGUCAUUGCCGAACCUGUGGAGCGCGACGCUAGCCCAAUUGGAUUCGCUUUUACUCGCACCGACCUCCCUGCAAAAGGUUGUCUUUAAACUGAUCAGUUUCUUUCCACUAGCUCCUAUGCCCUCCCCACCUCCCCAACGCAAUUUAAUCCUGUAAGAACUGUGGUCAGUGCUCCGGAAACUCUACCGAUGUGAGAGAUCAAAACGGCUCAGCGAUAAAUGCAACAAUGUGCACACGGGAUUGUAAACAAUCGGCUUCUUGUAAAUUGUUGGAAACCCCAGACUGCCCUCUUAUUUAUGCAGGUGCUGACGAACUUAGUGAAUCGCAGAUCAGUAUGCCCUCUUAAUUCUUCAAGCCCUACAAGACUGACUAGUUGGAUGCAAAUUAGUCUUGUGAGAUGGGCUUCAUAUCUGCGCGACCGUUGGCCAGCCAUGUCAACUAGGGUUUGGGAAUUAUUUGGAAGUUCUGUCUAAUAGGUCAUAUGCUGAGAAUGACACUUCGUCUUCAUUGUUUAUCAUAGCUGCGGACCCGCUGUCGUGUGAAAUACGACCGCGUUUUUGCACCAACUUGACCAGAUGCGAGCAGUUCAACCAUCUCAUGCUCUUCGAUGGGCCUAUAAAGGUACGCAUCCCAUAUGUAUUAUUUUUUAUCAGUCAAAACCCAAAGGAGUUAGAUGGCCACGGUGUGGGCAGUUAGAUUCCAGUCCCUCUGGUUAUUCAUCCCAGAUUUCGUCACUAGUUUUAGGCAGCUUCUCGACUUGCCUAAUUGUAAACUUUCAACGGUUCCUGUAAUUGAACAUCCUUUUCAUUACAUUGCCUCACCACGAUACAGACGGUGCGAUUACGCGGAGACAUCUCGCACGAUUUGGAAAAAAGUCGCUGCGGGCCGUUUGGUGUCACGUUUCACACAGGUAUGUUGCCCAAAGCCCAUAUUCAAUUGAUGUACGCUCACGUUCUAUACUGAGAAUCCGCGGUCAAUGCAUUACCUAACAAAACUCCAUCCCGGCUAUCAUACCAACUAACAAAUGUCCGAUCAUGGAGGUUGCACCAAUAGUCAGAAGGGCAAUCGCAGCAGUUAAAGUAAUGCUUGACUUGGAGAGUUGACGACAGACCUGACUACUCUGAAUGCCAACCGGUAAUUACACUGCAGCCAGAGACUAUGUCGACGGUCUCUCCAGGCGAGUUGUGUCUAUGUCCGCCGUUGAGGUGCCUAGACUCCAGCGCGUGUGUGCGCCCUUCGCUCUGCCCCAGUGUUCGCCAGCCAAUCGGGGAAGGGGCGGCGUUGAUUGGCCUCGAGCACUCGCGAGACUAGUGACAAGCCUCGCGCGUCCCAGCAGCGACUUGACAGGAAGUGUGAGGCGGUCAGAAGGGCAGCGUGACAAAGCAGCGGAGAGCGAGGAGGUGCGGAAUGCCACAACUAUCCUUCCCUCCCACAGACCAAUUCCUGAUUCAAUAUCGGCCAAUUUUCGGCUACCUUCUCCAGACCAAGCUGGUAAGCAGAUAUCAACCUUGUAAUACUAGGCGAUAUGGUAUGAGUUGGGGACAGAAGAAAGCUUUCCAGGUGUGCGACCCAAUAACAGGGGAUUGAAUUUCUGCAAAGGUCUAAUCACCUCCUGGAAAGCCAGUAACUGGGAGUUGCAGUUACGCCAGGACAGCUAGGUCGCAUUGCCAGCUGCCAUUUCAGUAGUCAUGUACGGUUAAGUUGCAGUUUAAUGUGACAUGGAGUUGCCGCCAAGCUGGCGGUAAUAUUGUCCUUCUCAAUAUAGGAUUCCGGUUCGUAGUGUGAGGAUUGUGUGUAAGAGAGAUGGCAGAAGGCUGAAUUAUACUGCAUGAUCGGGUCUGGCCGGUUUUUUCAAUAUUCGGAAUAAAUUCAUGCUGAUUGAGUUUGCCGAGCCCUCAAAAAUUGUUGUUCUUUUCCUUAUAUUAAGUUGCAGGCAAAGCUAAGGAAUGCGUAUGGCGUUUCACGGGCAACAUGGCGGAGAGGGAGAAGACGGUUGGUCUGCAGUGCACCGACGUGGAAUGUGAAAGGGAGAUAUACAGAUUCCAACCUGGUGACUCAACAGUGAAGAGUCCUUGCGCAGACUUCAUCUCCUGGUUUAGGAGGCCAAAACCCACCCCGAAACCUACAAAAUCCGAACGUUCCCGGACAUCACACAAGCAGCAGACAACCCCAAACACCACAAUCUUUCCCUCCCUGGCUGUCAGAGGCAUAACCAAAAGAAUCUCCGGGCUGAUUCAGAAGACUGACGACAGGGCCAAGGAAUUAGCGGCGCGAAAACCCCGCACGUGCUCUGCUUCCCGAUCCUUCUUAAAUAUUGCACUUUCACCCUCUUGGCUAGUACUGGCUCUAGGGCGUUUUGCCUUCGCUAACUGA